GUGGGCUUGUGCGUAUCAGCCGAGUCAGUGUGACUUCUGCAUCGCUGGAGCGUCCGCGUUCUGCUUGUUAUACUCCUAUCUUAUUGGUCUUUCAGCAUUUUUAUUUUCUCUGAAAUUUUGCUUGGAUCCUGUUUACGCUCCGGGCUGAGAGCGCUGGGACCAGGAAGCCCUUUACUGUGCACUCUCCCUCCCACGUCACAAUAGAAAGAGUUUUUUUUUUGUUUUAAUAAACGAGAAGAUGUCCCUGAAAGUCCAGACCAGCAACAUCACCAACAAGAAUGACCCCAAGUCCAUCAACUCGCGCGUCUUCAUUGGGAACCUCAACACAGCCGUGGUGAAGAAGUCGGACGUGGAAUCCAUCUUCUCCAAGUACGGCCGGGUGCUGGGCUGCUCCGUCCACAAGGGCUACGCCUUCGUCCAGUAUGCCAGUGAGAGACACGCCCGGGGUGCCGUGAUUGGAGAGAAUGGCCGUGUCCUUGCAGGACAAACAUUAGACAUCAACAUGGCAGGAGAGCCCAAACCAAAUCGGCCCAAAGGUUUGAAGAGAUCUGCUGCCCUCUACAGUGGCUAUGAAUUUAACUAUGACUACUGCAGAGAUGACUUUUAUGACAGGCUGUUCGACUACCGAGGCAGAGUGUCACCCAUCCCUCGCGUGGUGCCGGUAAAACGCCCCCGCCUGACCGUGCCUCUGGUGCGCAGGGUGAAGUCGCUGCCCUCUAAACUACUGACGCGCUCCUCUGUCGUUCCCACCAGCUCCGUCAGGCAGAAGGCUAUGAAAUCCAGCGAACUGCAGGCGAUCAAAUCGGAGCUCACCCAAAUAAAGUCCAACAUCGACGCCCUCUUGGGCCACCUGGAGCAGAUUACCGAAGACAAGCAGGGCACCACAGAGCUCCAGAGGGCAGAAGAGAGCAAGAGCGAGGUGUCUCAGGACGACUCGGGCUCAGACACGGAGGAGCUGACGGAGGAGGCCCACAGGAGCGAGGGGGAGGAUGAGGGGGACGGCACGCAGGAUGAAGGAGAGGAUGACAUGGAAAACUGCCACUUAUCAGAAAUGGAGUCUGUCCUGCAAUAAAAGGCAAGUCUGAAAUGAUGAAAAAACCCCCAUCUUCCUGGAGCCCGCCCCCAGCCCCCCCCACCCUCCAAUGAGUGCACGUGUCACAUACAUGUUUGCCCGCUUGGCAUCCUGUCUGGUAAACGGCCUUGUUCGCCUUGCAUCCCAUUGGCUGCCGGCAUAGGCACCCUUUCCACACAGACCGUGUGUGUCUGACAGCAAAUAACCAAUCAGAGGCUUUGAGACUUGGUUGAUGCUGCUGUGGUCUGUGGUCUUCUCAGUACACACCUUUGUGUUAAAACUCUGCAUAAGACCAGCCAUCAACAAGUUAAUGAAUAGAAUAGAAUAGAAUAGAUCUUUGUUGUCAUUGGUUUGAAAACAACAAAAGAUCAAGUUAACUUGAGCACCUUGCUCAGGGACAGAGCUCCAUCCAUCCAUUUUCCAAACCGCUUAUCCUACUGGGUCGCAGGGCAUCCGGAGCCUAUCCCGGAAGCAAUGGGCACGAGUCGGGAACAAACUAGGAUGGGGGGCCAGCCCAUCACAGGGCACACUCGCACACCAUUCACUCACACAUGCACACCUACAGGCAAUUUAGCAACUCCAAUCAGCCUCAGCAUGUUUUUGGACUGUGAGGGGAAACCGGAGUACCCGGAGGAAACCCCACGACGACAUGGGGAGAACAUGCAAACUCCGCACACAUGUGACCCAGGCGGAGACUCGAACCCGGGUCCCAGAGGUAAAUAACUGCUAACCACGGCACCACCAUGCCGCCCUCGGGACAGAGCUCAUCAGCUGGGAUUUAUGUUAAAUAAACAUAGAAAAACAUUAUGUUACCCUUAUUCUAAGUCUCAAUUUCUUUUAUUGAGUGAUAAAAUGUAACCCAGCCUUCUUCCAGGAACCUGGGCACAGUGGGCACAUUGCAUAAUCUGGCUAGAGCCCAGGGGGUGGGACCCAGAGCCCGAAGUAGACAGCGCCGGCCUGACCUUAUAUAGUGUUCAUUCUAAAUAUCCAGUUUUUUAUUAUUUAACGUCUGCAUCAUUGGACCAUUAAUAGCUUAAUUGAUAGUUAUGGGAGAAAUGAGUCUUCAAAAUGCUCGUUUUUAACCCACUUCCUCCCCGGCUUCUGAUCUGAUGAAAGCCAUGUUUGGAAGGUAAUCCAACCCAUAAUGGGUUUUGCAGACUGAUUUUGAAAAUCAUUAAAUCGGCUAAAAGUGAGAAGCAAAAAAAGUCUGCAUUUCUCCAUUUAUCACGGAGCCCAAGCACUAAAGAUCAGUUAAUGCAAAAAAAGGUUAAAGAGCAUUCAUCUUUUUCGGAGCGGUGUGGCAUAGCUAGCGCCAUAUUACCCAGAAUCCCCAGCCCCAGUGGUGACUGUCAUUGCGUGUCUGCAUAAAGCGCGAUUGGCUGCUCCUGUUCGCCACAGUGUGGGAAAUGGCUGCACCCACAUGGACAGAGUUACAAAAACAUAGGCUGUUAUUAUUAUCAUUAUUAUUCUUUUUAAUAAUCCGGUUUUAAGUUGAGGAGACUCGGCUUCCUCAGAUGUUAAUGCCCACUUGGCUGCACCUCCGAUAUUGCUGGGGACUUCAAAAGGUAGACAGGCAGUCCGAGUCCGAUUCCCGCGUGAUCCCAGGCACGUCCGGCACCGGUACUUCGACCUGUCGCAUCAUACAUCACGUUAACUCUGGCUUACGCCCCCCCCCCCCCGAAUAAGCCUGAGCUCGGAGCCCCAGGGAGCAGAGUAGCAGGUCACAGAUGUCUUCAAAUUUAUUGGAUUCGUCAUGCGGCCUAAAACUCCAUGUAUCAUAAGUCUGUUUUAAUUGGACCAGCACUUUAUCCCCCCGCACACCCCCCCCCCCAACCUUAUUUAUGCUAGUUGUGUUCCAAGCAGAUGUGUGGUUUAUAUAUACAGAAGGAAUCAGUUUCAUAAAAUUGUUUAAUUAGAAUGCAAUUACUAAUUAGCCGGUUUAUAAGAAAGCGUAGAUAUUCCAUAACCAUAAACCACACGUAGUGUGAAUAAUUAAUUAAUUCAAUUUAGACUGAUCUAGAAUCAGAAAUGAACCUGAUUUUAUGUGUAAUGUUCAGUGAUGCUUUUGUAUUGUCUGUUUUUUGGCUAUUGUCUGUUUUUUUGGUAAUACUCAGGCCCCUGAAAUUUGUCUUGUUGUUUUGCAAUCAAGUAUAUAUGUAAUUAUGGGCUUGAAUUUAUGCAAAUGAUACAGCGCGUCCUUUUGAAGUGCCCCAGAAAUAUAGCCCAAAGAGAAUCUUUCGCAUUCCUCGACCAUAUAUAAGUGAUUACCCACAAUACACUCUGAUAAGCAGAAUGUUUGUUUUUGACUUUACAAAAUAAUUCAACAAUUAUGUUGAGUAAUUGAUUCAGCAUGAGUCACAGUGUCAGACCGAACGUUUUUUAGUUGCUAGUGAGAUCUGUAUUGGAGUCUGGCAUAAAAUGCGCUGAAUAUCAAAUAAUUUAUUGUACUAUUUUGGUAUACGAGCUGUAAUAUAUUUUGAUUUACGUUUGGUCAGAGCUGGACUUUCUUCCCCUUUGUUGUCUUGGAUGUGAGGGGGGAAAAUAUUUCAUGAGAGCUGUUGAGCUUUAAAAGCAACUGAGAAAAAUAAAACCACAUGUGAGCACUAAUGCCACUCUUCCUUUUCUUGUACAGUCAGCGGGAUGCUGGAAAAGGCCUCUGACUGGAGACUGUUUUAGUACUGCAGCAAUGACAAGAAGACAGCGACACCAGGGGUACCGCCUACCUUCGGACCUGGCCUGCCAGGAGACGGACGGCUGACCGCCGAGUGGGGGGGGGGGGAGCGACCCUGGGAGCUGGAUAAGUUAAACGUUACUGUCCCACCGUCCCACUGACUGACUAAAUACAAGCGAUAACAGCAGAUCACAGUCUCCUCCAAACACUGGCUUAUUCUUUUCCAACACAGAUGAAAAAGAAAAGGUCUGACAACCAAAACAUACUUUUAAAACAAAACGUUUCAAAAAGUUUUCAAAAUCUAAUAAGCAAAAGGAUGGACAUUUUAUAUGAUACUGGAUCUUGAAGAGACGACCAUACCUUCAGUCCAACCUCUCCACUCUGAUUUUUGUGUUUUAUCAGUGUGUGUGUUUUUCUUUUUUUUUUUGAUUCAUUUAUACAUGUCGACUUUAAACAGGCACAAAUUUUAUUUUUAAAGUGUAUAUUCAAGACUGCAAAAAGAUCUGAACAGAUGUAAAUAAAUAAAUUGAACUUGUUCAAGUGUAAGCAAA